CGUCCAGCCCCUCCCCGUCGCGGUGACGUCACUGCCUCGCCCCGCCCCCUGGCGGCCGCCGCCGGCUCCGUCUCCAUACAAGGCGCGGCGCGAGGGCGGGGCGGGGCCGGGCGGCCCCGGGGCGGCCGCGGCUAAUUAGCGCUAAUGAGCCUAAUGACAGCUCUCUGCAGCUGCUGACAGCGGGCGGGGCCGCAGCGGGACGGGCUGCGCUGGGCUGUGCAGAGACAUAGCGGGGCAUACUCGGAGCUGCUGGGCUGUACUGGGAGCUGCUGAGCCGUACUGGGCUGUACCCGGCUGUGCUGGGCUGCACUGGGCUGUACUGGGCUGUACUGAGAGCUACUCAACUGUACAGGGAGCUGCUGGGCUGUACUGGGAGCUGCUGGGCCGUACUGGGCUGUACCCGGCUGUGCAGGGCUGUAUUGGGAGCUACUGAACUGUACUGGGAGCUGCUGGGCUGUACUGGGCUGUACUGGGAGCUGCUGGGCUGUACUGGGAGCUGCUGAACUGUACUGGGAGCUGCUGGGCUGUACUGGGCUGUACUGGGAGCUGCUGGGCUGUACCGGGCUGUGCUGGGCUGUACUGGGAGCUGCUGAACUGUACUGAGAGCUGCUGGGCUGUACUGGGCUGUACUGGGAGCUGCUGGGCUGUACCCGGCUGUGCUGGGCUGUACUGGGAGCUACUGAACUGUACUGGGCUGUACUGGGAGCUGCUGGGCUGUGCUGGGCUGUACUGGGAGCUGCUGGGCUGUACUGGGCUGUACUGGGCUGUGCUGGGCUGUACUGGGAGCUGCUGAGCUGUACUGGGAGCCGCUGGGCUGUGCUGGGCUAUACUGGGAGCUGCUGGGCCAUACUGGGCUAUACCAGGCCGUACUGGAGGCACGCCGGGCCACACGGAGCCGGGGUUUGCUGCGAUGUGUGGGUUUGCUGCAAUGUGUGGGUCACACUGCGAUGUGUGGGUCACACUGCGAUGUGUGGGUCACACUGCAAUGUGUGGGUCGCACUGCGAUGUGUGGGUCGCACUGCGGUGGCCUGCGGUGCCUCGGCAGCCCAUCGUGUUGAUGGUCCUCCCUCGAGGGGUCCCAGCAGCGAGACCCCCGGGGCCCUGCCCGCACCCUGGGCCCGUCCCUGUGCCCCCCAUGCUCGGCCGUGGAGCCCCAGCGCGGUCUGGAGUCCCCUGGGGCACGGCCAAGACACGGCCCCCGCAGCCCCCCAUGGCCCCCCAUGUCCCCCCACGGCCCCAGAGCCCGGAGGCGGUGCCACCGUCCCCCUCGGGCCCAGGCACGGCUGGCCCCCGGCCAGGCCCGGCCCGGGCCCCUCAGCCCCGGUGUGUCCCUCCCUCCCCCGCGGUCCCUCCCCCUCCAGCUGCCGCCAGCUGUUUGUGCUUAACCCUCGCUCCCCGCGGGCGGGGGGUUCCCGCGCCUGACGUCACCGCGGGGCCGCCGCCAAGACGUGAUGUCACCGUGCGGCCGUGACGUCACCGCGAGGGCCGGGGAAGCCAUGGCAUCAUCACCGUGGGCUCGGGGCCACGGCGGCCCGGGGUGGCCGCGGUGUGACGGCUGCCGUGCCGGUGUCCCCGGUGUCUCCGGUGUCCCCAGCACGGUGUCCCCGGGGGUGCGGCCGGGGGCGCGGGGCAGCCCCGGGCUCGGUGCUGGCACCGGGACGUGUCCCCUGGCACGGGCUCACGGGCACGCGGGGACGUGGCACUGCAGGCUGCGGUGCCGGUGCCGGGACCUGUGGCCGCUGUGCCCAGCGCGGGCCGAGCACCGAGGCCACCGGCGGUCGGCGGUUCUCGGGGCACGGUGCGAAGCCGGUGGCGGAGCCGGUGCCGGCGGCGGCCGCGGGGCACGGAUGGCCUCGGCGGGCCGGUGCAGCAGCGGUAGCCGCGGCCGCCUCGCUGGCCGCCCGCGCCCUGGCCCCCUGCCCGGCCUCCCUGGCUGCCCCGGCCCCGGGCCGGCCUAACGAGGAGCAGAUGUGGCGGCGGGGCCGGCGGGGCCGCGGUGCCCGGCGCGGCUGGGGCGGGGGCGCGGCGGGCAGGAAGCGGGGGGCCCCGGGGACCCCGGCGGCGGGCAGCGGCUCUGGGCGGCUCUGGUGGCGAGGGGCUGGCCGAGGGACGGCCGGGGGGAGGGCAGAGCCGAGCCGAGCCGUGCCGAGCCGCCCAGAGCCGCGGAGCCGCGACGGGACGCCGCAUGCGGUGCUGAGGCGCGCCGGCCCGGGCUGAGCGAGCCGAGCGGAGCCGCCCCAGCCCAGCCCAGCCCAGCCCAGCCCAGCAUGGCACCGUGGCUCUGGCCGUGCCUCCUGGCCGCGCAGGCCCUGGCCGCCAACUUCCCCCCCCGGUACAGCCUCUACACCGGCGGGGCCGCCCCGCUCGCCCCCGGCCCGGCCGCGGCCCACAGCGGUGCCCGGGCCGCCAGCCGGCACAGGAACUGGUGUGCCUACGUGGUGACCCGCAGCGUGAGCUGUGUGGUGGAGGAUGGCGUCGAGAGCUUCAUCAAGCCGGACUAUCAGCCCUGCCCCUGGGGGCAGCUCCAGUGCCCCCGAGUCCUGGCGUACCGCAGCUUCCUCCGGCCCCGCUACAAGGUGUCGCAGCGCACGGUGACGGAGCUGGCCUGGCGCUGCUGCCAGGGCUACUCGGGGCCGGACUGCAGCGAGGGCCCCGCUCCAGCGGCCCCCCAGCCCACCGGCCGCCCCCCGGCCCGCCCCGGCCGCCCCACGCUCUCCGGCUUCGGCAACCCCCUCAGCGGCCUGGGGGGCGAAGGCGGCGGAGACACGGAGAAGGUGCGGCGGCUGGAGGAGCAGGUGCGGCGGCUGAGCGAGCAGCUGGAGGAGCUGCGGGCCGGGCAGGAGCCGCCGCGGGCGGCCGUGGAGGGGCAGCCCGGCGGGCAGCAGGUGGCGGACGCGGAGAGGUCCGAGGUGCGGGAGGCGCUGAGCCACCUGCAGCGGCGCCUGGAGGAGCUGGAGAGCCGCCUGCAGCGCGCCGAGGGCGGCCGGGACGGCGCGGGGGCUCCGGGGGCCGCGGGCACGGCGGCGCUGGACGAGCUGGAGCAGCGGCUGCAGGAGCUGUGCGCCGCCUGCACCACCGGCACCGAGGGGCUGCGGCGGCAGGCGGCCGAGCACCGGGAGCGGAUGCGGGCGCUGGAGAAGCUGGUGGAGUCGGUGGACCAGCGCAACAGGGACGCGGUGGAGUCGGUGCAGAGGCACAUCAGCAGCCUGAGCAGCCGCCUGGCCCCCGCGCCGGCCGCGCCCCCGGCCCCGGACGUGCUCCGCCGCCUGGCCGAGCUGGAGCGGCGGCUGGCGGGGCUGCCGGUGCCGGCGGCGGGCCCGGGGCAGGGGCAGGGCCCGGUGCUGGCGCGGCGGCUGGCCGAGCUGGAGGGGCGGCUGAACGCCUCCCGCGCCGGCCCGUGGCCCUCCGAGCCCGAGGGGCGGCCGGCCGGGCUGCCGGGGCGCCUGGCCAACCUCAGCCGGGCCGUGGAGGGGCUGGCGGCCAGCGGGGCGCAGCGCGGAGCGCGCCUGGAGCAGCUCGAGGCGCUGCUGGCCCGCUGCGGGCCCCCGUGCCCGGCCGGGGACACCGAGGAGCUCUGGGAGGACGGGCUGGCCGGGACCCUGGGCGGGCUGCGGGGGCAGGCGCUGGCCGAGGCGCUGGAGCGGCUCCGCAACCGGACGGGACGGCUGGAGGCGGCUCUGGAGGAGCUGAGCGCCGAGCCCUGCGCCCGGCCCUGCGCCCCGCCGCUCCCCCGGCAGCCGGAGCCGCUCCCGCCCGGCCCCGCCGAGCCCGAGGAGGAGCCGGAGGCGCCGCUCGACGGUUUCGGCGUCUUCGGGGGCCCGUCCCCGUCGGAGCUGCGGGUGCUGCGCGGGGAGCUGGCGGCGGCGCUGGCGGCCCUGAGCGGCCUCAACGCCACGGUGGAGGGGCUGCAGGACGAGCUGGACGAGCAGGACGCGCGGCAGCGGCAGCUGAGCGCCGCCACCGACCGCGUGGUGGCCGAGCUGGACCGGGCGGCGGCGGCGGCGGCGGCGCGGCAGGCGGAGAGCGAGGAGCGGCUGGAGGCGCUGGCGCGGGAGCUGGCGCGGGCCGGGGGCUGCCCCGCGGGGCUGGAGCCGCGCGUGGCCAAGCUCGAGGGGGUCUGCGAGCAGCUGGAGGCCGUGGCCGGGGGGCUGCGCGGCCUCCGCGAGGGGCUGGGCCGGCACGUGGCGGGGCUCUGGGGCGCCGUGCGGGAGCUGAACGCCACGGCCCGCGGCCACGCCGCCCUGCUGGACAAGGCGCUGGAGCUGCCGGCCCGGCUGGGCGCGCUCAACGCCAGCCUGGGCCACCUGCGCGGGGAGCUGCAGCGCCUGGCGCGGCUGGAGAGACACGGCCCCCCUGGCCCCCCUGGACCUGCAGGCCCCAUGGGUGAGAUGGGCCCUCCUGGCCCCUCUGGGCCCCCUGGCAAGGAUGGAGAGCAGGGUCCCGUGGGCCCCCCCGGGCUGCCCGGAGAGAGAGGCCCGGUCGGGGAGCCGGGCUCGGUGCCCCGCGUCGCCUUCUCGGCCGCGCUGAGCACGCAGCGCACGGAGCCGGGCACCGUCCCCUUCGACCACGUGCUGCUCAACGACGGCGGCGCCUACGACCCCGAGACGGGGGCUGUGGGCUGCAGUCGCGGUGCAGAUGCGUGUGUGGGAGCCGCCCGGGGCUCUGUGGGGUGUCUGCUGGGGUCCCCCCCGGCCUUGGGGCUGCGGUCUGGGGAGUGCACACCGGCGUGGACCACCCCGUGUCCUCCCGGGCACGUUGCCGGUGCCGGUGCCCCGCCGACCUUGGUGGCCCCGGCUCGGGGCACCGGCGAGCGCUGGGCGACUCCCGCUCCGGUCCUCAUCCCCGUCCUGACCCGGCCGCUUCACCCGGCCGUGGGGGAGCCUGGUGAGCGCCGGGCCCGGGCCCGGGGCGGCGCUGGGCCGUGCAGUCCGCUGGGACGCUCGCCGCCUGGCUCGGGGUUCAGCCCGAGGCUGGAGAAGGCCGUGGGGCGGGGCCCGGCCGGCCCGGCGUGUCAGCCCGCGCCGCUGGCCGCGGGCGAGACGCUCUGCGUGGACCUGGUGUCGGGGCGCCUGGCGCACGCCCCCGACGAGCCGCUCACGGCCUUCAGCGCCGCGCUGCUCUACGGCCCCGAGGAGCCCUAG